UUAAGAGAGAAAAGCCAGGGCUAAGAAAACUGGUUUAAGUGACUUGCCCAGGAUCACAUAGCUAGGAAGUGUAUGAAGCUAGAUUUGAAUCCAGGUCCUCCUGAUUCCAGGCCUGACACUCUAUCCAUUGUGCCCCUAGCUGCUCCUCAAUUACCUUUUUUUAUACAAAGAAGUCCAGCGAACCUAUGUAAGUCCCAGAAUAGAUUAGAGAGGGAAGAGAAUAGAAGCAAACAGGUGACAAGAACCUGAAUUCUGGAGAGAGGACUGAAAGUCUUCAUCUCUCAUGCCCUUGGGUCUCCUUGGGCAAGAUGACCUUUAUGAGUACCAGAAUCCAUGACGUAAGGAGAAAGUAAUAAAACUAUUGUGCCCACCUCCCCAAAUGACUGGGAGGCUCAGAAGGGGGUGAUGCAACCCUUGCAAACCCUCAAGCACUAGAUGAAUGGAAGUAAGUAAGCUAAUAAUAAUAACUACCACAUGUUAGCUGUUAUUACUUUUUUUUUGCCAUCUUUUGAAGCAUAAUGGAUAGAGGACCACACUUAGAAUCUUAGGCCCAGGACCAUGCUUCUAGAAUUAGAACAUUGGCUCAAGUUCUGACUCUGGUACAAACAAGUAGUGUGGCUAGGGACAAGUCAUUUAACCUUGUGGUACUCUGAGCAGCCAUGGGCAAGUCACUUAACUUUGUGGUACCCUGAGCAGCCAUGGGCAAGUCAUUUAGCCAUGUGGUACUCUGAGCAUCCAUGGGCAAUUCAUUUAGCCAUGUGGUACCCUGAGUAGCCAUGGGCAAGUCACUUAACUUUGUGGUACCCUGAGCAUCCAUGGCCUAAAGACUACUUUGAGACAGUGGAGGAAGCUGGGAUAAUGCAAACAGGCUCUAAGGACAAAAAGCCUUGGCAUCCACAGGAGGAAGGAGUGUACAGGCAGCAUGUGACUGGUUGGUUGUUCUCCCAUGUGGGUGACCCCUUCCUGGAUGACCCCCUGCCCCGAGAGUACGUGUUGUACCUACGGCCCACUGGCCCUUUGGCUCAGAAACUCUCUGACUUUUGGCAGCAAUCCAAGCAGAUCUGUGGGAAGAAUAAAGCACAUAACAUCUUCCCCCACAUCACCCUGUGCCAGUUCUUUAUGUGUGAGGACAGCAAGGUGGAUGCCCUGGGGGAGGCCCUGCAGGCCACUGUCAUGCGCUGGAAGUGCAAGUUUUCAGCCCCGCUGCCCCUGGAGCUCUAUACCUCCUCCAACUUCAUCGGGCUCUUUGUGAAAGAGGACAGUGCAGAGAUUCUCAAGAAGUUUGCUGCUGACUUUGCUGCUGAGGCCGCAUCUAAAACUGAGGUGCACGUGGAACCCCAUAAGAAGCAGCUUCACGUGACUCUGGCUUACCACUUCCAAGCCAGCCACCUGCCCACCCUGGAGAAACUGGCCCAGAAUAUUGAUGUCAAACUGGGCUGUGACUGGGUUGCUACCAUAUUCUCUCGAGACAUCCGAUUUGCUAACCAUGAGACGUUACAGGUGAUCUAUCCCUACACCCCACAAAAUGAUGACGAGUUGGAGCUGGUUCCUGGAGACUUCAUCUUCAUGUCUCCGAUGGAGCAGACAAGUACCAGCGAGGGCUGGAUCUACGGCACCUCCUUAACCACCGGCUGUUCUGGGCUCCUGCCCGAGAAUUACAUUACCAAGGCAGAUGAAUGCAGUACCUGGAUAUUCCAUGGUUCGUAUUCAAUUCUGAGUACAUCAUCGUCCUCCGGCUCGCUCAUGUUCAGUGAUGGCAUUUUGGAGAGGCGGCAGCAGGAGGAGCAGGGCCCAGGGGACACGUCUCCCCUCACCAUCAUCUGCCAGCCCAUGCAACCCCUGCGAGUCAACAGCCAGCCUGGUCCCCAGAAGCGAUGCCUCUUUGUCUGUCGACAUGGCGAGAGGAUGGAUGUUGUGUUCGGGAAGUAUUGGCUCUCCCAGUGCUUUGAUGCCAAAGGCCGUUACAUCCGCACCAACCUGAAUAUGCCUCACAGCUUACCUCAAAGGAGCGGCGGUUUUCGGGACUAUGAGAAAGAUGCGCCCAUCACUGUGUUUGGAUGCAUGCAAGCCAGACUAGUAGGUGAGGCCUUGUUAGAAAGUAACACCAUUGUUGACCACGUCUAUUGUUCCCCAUCCCUGCGAUGUGUCCAGACGGCACACAACAUUCUAAAAGGUUUACAACAAGAAAAUCACUUGAAGAUUCGUGUGGAGCCUGGCUUGUUUGAGUGGACUAAAUGGGUUGCUGGAAAUACUUUGCCUGCAUGGAUAGCCCCAUCAGACUUAGCUGCUGCCAACCUGAGUGUUGAUACAACCUACAGACCUCAUAUACCAGUCAGCAAAUUAGUGAUUUCUGAGUCCUAUGACACGUACAUCAGUAGAAGCUUCCAAGUUACAAAAGAAAUCAUAAGUGAAUGUAAAAGUAAAGGAAAUAACAUCUUGAUAGUGGCCCAUGCGUCCUCUCUGGAAGCAUGUACUUGCCAGCUCCAAGGACUCUCACCCCAGAACUCCAAGGACUUCGUGCAGAUGGUCCGAAAGAUUCCAUAUCUAGGGUUUUGUUCCUGUGAAGAAUUAGGAGAAACGGGAGUCUGGCAGCUGACGGAUCCACCCAUCCUCCCCCUUACACACGGACCAACUGGAGGCUUUAACUGGAGAGAGACCUUGCUUCAGGAAUAGACCACACCACCCAGGAGCGGAACAGACCCUCUACAGGCUCUGCAGAAGCCUCUUUUUGGUGUUUCAUAACAACACAGAAAACCCCUCCCAUUUCUUCCAGUAUAUUUCCUUUCAUGCAGUUUCAUGCUAGGAAGUGUGCGUGGCGGCGCUGUAUAGUAGACGCAGGACCGCUCUCGAUUCCCUCGCUCUUGACUCUGGUCUGACUCGAGCUCGGCGGCGUGGGCUGCUGAGAUUUCCCUUCGCUGAAUCCAGGCACCUGUUCCAACAGAAUUUCCCCCCCUAGGCUCCGAACCAUGGACUGAGGGACCUCCCACAGCCCUGGGAGCAGCCCAGCUCUUUCUUAGGAUGACGGCAAGCCAAAAGGACAUACCCAAAAUGCAGCUGGGAGGACAUUCGGAAGGGAUUUUUAUUUCCUUCCAUUUGUCUAAUGUGUAAAGCCGAGCUAAGGAAGGUGUUUGAGGCUGUUAGAGGAACACACCACCUGUAAAACUGUCCUGUGUAGAGCUCUAGCGCCCACCUUCAUGGCCCCCGGAGGCUGCUCUUACACACUUUUAGGUACUCUGCUUUAGAAGCAGGGGACGGAUGCAGACUUGGCCUUUGUCCCACACCCUCCAACCAUCGUCCGGCCCGAGGGGACGUUGCUCUUCAAGUGCUUUCAGAUCCUCAGGAAGAAGGGGAGCUGGAGGGGAGCUAGGAUUUGAUGGGCCAGAAGAAGGUUUGGGCCCAAUACAAAGUGACUUAGAAUUACCCAUUUUGUAGCCUCAUUCAUUUCUCAAUCAUUGUGUUUUACUUGGCUUAGUCUAGAAUAAUAUAACUUGUUUAGGAUGUUGAGCUUUCAAAGGAAUGUACUGUAGGUACAUAAUUUAAGUCAGCAAGAAGCUCAUCUCGUGCAAUAUGUACAUCUUUAUUAACCAUGCCAGUAAGUCAAUUAUUUGUACAUUUACAAUGUAUGUAAUACAUAUUCAAACAUUCAUAAAUACAUUUAUUAUACAAAAGAUAUAUGAAAAGUCAGGGAACUAACUUAAAAUGAAGACAGUCAGGGCCGCACUGAUACUUGUGCCGUCUCAUUUUUUUGUGUGUGUUUUUAAAUUAUAAUUUAAAAUAUAUAGGGCUGUAUGAAAAAAUGUGGGGGAAUCAUGUCCUGGGAUUUCCCUUCCUUCUGAUUACUGCAUACUUUCAAGGGAACUUUAUUUAAAAGAAAAAUAAAUGACAAUCAAACCAAA